CCGACGUAGCAGUUAUACUAGAGUUGAGUGGCUUCGAGAUCGUACCUAAUGGCUUCGGCUUAUCCAAUUGUGAACGGUGGCGCUAGACAGGGUUGUUACAAUUGUGGACAAGCUGGGCAUAUUGCACGUUACUGUCCGCAACCUGAUCGUCGUUUUAAUGGUCAGCAGGCAUCGACGAGUAUGGCGAUUGUGCCGGCGCCAGCUCCUCCUCCUCUGACCAUGCCUGGUCAAUCCGGCGUGGGGACGGUCACCCCGAGCUAUCCUCGGUACUCUCAUGGUGGUGGGGGUGGGUGGCUUGGUAGCAGAGUUAGUACUUUAGAAGAUAAGGUGGGGAAGAUCUUGACUAAGCAAGAGGCUGAAGAAGCCAAGGAGGCUGCGGCACGAGAGGAUGAACUCAGGAAGAAGCGACGGCAAGAAGAAGAAGAGCUGGUGAAUAAAAAAGGCGGUGACACAGACGAAGUCAAACGACUGAAGGCAGAAAUCGAAGACUUGAAGAAGAAACAGAGCGGCCCGAGCGCGUCCGGAGCAUCGAAAGGGUCUGACGAGGUUACGCAGCUUAAAAUGCAGGUGGCUGAACUGUUGAAGAUUCAUAAUCGCACCGAUACAUCGGCGGUUGGCAUGCCGACUGGAGAAUUGGAGGAGAUUUUGCGGCUCAAGAGAGAACAACUUGCUAUGAAGGAAGCAGCAGAUCGGCGUUUUUCUGCACUUGAAGACUUGGUCAAUACGCUGAAGAAACAGAAGGAGGAGGCUGAAGGCAAUCAAGAGUUGUGGAAGGUCGAGGCACUUCGACCCGGCAACAAGUGUGGCAGUGUCACUAUUGGAGCAACUCCUGCCCCAGCAUCAAGGGUCCGUGCUCGGGCCUCACCCGCUGAAACACCUUCGACUAGCAAGAGGGUAGAUGGGAUGUUGAAAGGGGUGGUGGAGCGUCAUCAGAUGGAGGUCGACAUGCUGAGAGAAGCUCGGUUAAAGGAAGUUAAUGCUCGUAUAGAAUCCGAACUUGAGGUGGAAAGAUUGAAAUCUGCCCUCGAAAAACUCGAGAUGGAGAAGAAGACGAAGACGAAUUUGAAGGCCCGGCUGGAUGAAGCGGCAGGAACAUCAACGAAGAAGAAGGAGGGUAAAUCGCAAGGUACACCGAUGAUCCUUGUUAGUGAGAAGCCAGGAAAGAGCUCCGCAAGAAGAACAAGGAAGAGAUUCGAGCUAUCUGUGCAAAGGAAGGAAUUGAGUACACGACGCUCGAACCCACUAAGGAAGAAAUUGUGCAGCUACGUGUUGCCAGAGCCUUCGAUGAAGAUGGCUGUCGAAAAGAACCAAGUCACUCUGUCUUGGAGGUGACAGAUGAAGGGGAAGACGUGGUCAGCAAAGACGACGGGCGUGACUCCGCUACGUCUAAGAGUCACGCCCAAACGCG